CACUGUAACAUCUUUGGAUAUCUUGUGAAUAAUAAGACCACAGCUUUAUUCAUAAUUUUUUUUUUAAUUAAGCUGAUUUUAACGUUCUUAAAUAGUAAAAUAUGAUUUUAGAAAUUGUCACGAAUUUAUUCACGUGUCGAAAGUGCUUCUGUAAAAUGUAAGUUUUCACUCACUGUCAUUGGAAGGAGCAUGUCAAUCUACAGCAGUGCUUUUCCGUUUGUUGGAGUUGUUUAAUCUAGUUAGUUUAGUUGUCGGUUUUUCUGGCUGUGAAGAGUGACUUGAGUGUAGUUGUAGAGUCGUAUGUUUGACUGUCAUCAGUAAUGUCAGCGUACAGACCGCUGCUGCGUUUGCUCAGGCAUGGGACAGCAGCAGCGCGGGUCUGUAGGACAGUCACCACCUGGUCACCUGUAGGAGCUGCUUUCAAUGCCAAAGUCCAGAGGAGACUAGACCUAUUCCAACAAAAUGUGGGGUUGUUUGGUGUCCCAGAGCUCAGCUCCAUUGAGGGUUUUGAGGUGGUCCAGGACAGAGCCCUGCAGGAGACAGAGCAGUUGGUGGAGAAAGCCUGCCGCUGCCCCCCAGGAGUCCAGACUGUGGAGAUAUUUGAUAAACUGUCAGACAGCCUUUGCAGAGUGGCAGACAUGGCAGACUUUAUUAAAGUGGCACAUCCCAAUCCAUCCUACCGGGAGGCUGCAGAGAGGACUUGUAUAAACAUUGGCACUAUGGUGGAGAGGCUCAAUACCAAUGUUGAAUUGUGUAAGAGCUUAAAGGACCUGUUGGAUAACAAAGAGAUCUUUGCCAAACUGGACCCAGAGACAAGAAGAGUGGCUGAACUGUUCAUGUUUGACUUCGAAAUAAGUGGAAUCCAUCUGGAUAAAAAAAAGAGGAAAGAGGCUGUGAACUUGAAUGUGAAGCUGUUGGAUCUGAGCAAUCAGUUUCUCAUGAGCUGUCACAUGCCCAACAGAAUAGAGAAGAGAGUCCUUCCUGAACACAUUCACCAGCACUUCAGUAAAGACGGAAAGUACAUUCAGAUCAGCGGUCUGCAUGCGGACGCACCUGAUGAUCUGGUCAGGGAAGUUGCAUAUAAAAUUUUCCUCUAUCCGAACGCAAAUGUGAUGCACAUACUUGAGGAACUUCUGGCCUGUAGAGAUAAACUGGCUCGCUUGGUUGGUUAUGAAUCUUAUGCACACAGAGCAUUAAAGGGAACCAUGGCCAAAAGCCCAGAGGCAGUUAUGAGCUUCUUACAGCAGAUCACAGACAAGCUCUCAGACAGGUUGAGACAGGAUAAGGAUUUUGAAAUGAUGACGGAAAUGAAGACAAAACUCAACCCCAGAAAUUCUGAACUAAUGCCAUGGGACCAUCCAUACUUCAGUGGUGUGAUACGUGCAGAAAGAUUCAACAUCGAGCCAAGCCUGUACAGUCCGUACUUCUCGCUGGGAGCAUGUAUGGAAGGUCUGAAUGGUCUUUUCACACAGCUGUAUGGUGUAUCACUGCUGGCUGAGCAGCCCAGUGUGGGGGAGGUCUGGAGCGAAGAUGUGCGCAAGCUGGCUGUGGUGCAUGAAACAGAGGGACUGCUGGGAUAUAUCUACUGUGACUUUUUCUACAGACCUGAGAAACCUCCCCAGGACUGCCACUUUACCAUUCGUGGAGGGAGGCAGUUGGAUGAUGGCCAGUAUCAGCUGCCAAUGGUGGUCCUGAUGCUAAACCUGCCCCACCCCACGCAGUCCGCUCCUACGUUACUCAGCCCGGGCAUGAUGGAAAAUCUCUUCCAUGAGAUGGGCCAUGCCAUGCACUCCAUGCUGGGACGUACCCGCUACCAACAUGUGACGGGAACGCGAUGUAGCACUGAUUUCGCAGAGGUGCCCUCUAUUCUCAUGGAAUACUUUGCCACAGAUUAUCGAGUGAUCAGUCAGUUCGCUCGCCACUACCAGACUGGACAGCCUUUGCCGCAGAGCAUGGUGGCCCGUCUUUGUGAGUCCAAGAAGGUCUGUGGUGCGGCUGAUACUCAACUUCAGGUUUUCUAUGCAAUCCUGGAUCAAGUUUAUCAUGGAAAACCACAAAACCGAUCAACAACAGACAUCAUGAUAGACAUGCAGAAGAAGUAUUAUGGCCUGCCAUACGUCACAAACACAGCCUGGCAGCUGAGGUUCAGUCAUCUCGUCGGCUAUGGGGCGAAGUACUACUCGUACCUGAUGUCACGGGCUGUGGCCUCCAUGGUGUGGAAGCAGUGUUUCUAUAAAGACCCCCUCAACAGGGAAACCGGAGAGCGUUACCGCAGAGAGAUGCUGGCUCAUGGAGGAGGGAAGGAGCCCAUGCUGAUGGUGGAAGGCAUGUUGCAGAAAAGACCCUCUAUCGAGGACUUUGUCAACGCCCUCGUGUCUGAUCUGGACCCUGACUUUGAAACCUUCAUCAUGGACUCAGAGGGCUGAGGGAUGAGCAUGUUUCGUGUUAAGUUAAGCAGUGUAACUUUAUCUUCCCUGCUGUAAUUGGUCUUUACAACUGGCUGAACUAUUAAUGUAUUGAGAAGGGAUGAAUUAUGAAACAAAAUUGAAUGAUCUGUGCUAGUGGAUUUCACAAAACCUGUCAAAAACUUGUGUGUGUGUGUUUGUAUAAAUAAAUAUAUAUGUAUAUAUAGAAA